AUGAUGACCUUCUUCUCCUCGGCUCCGGAGACUCAGAAGGAGCCACUGCCGGCAUUGUUGGGUCGCACUCAAGCGAUUGCCCCCACAACGAAGGAAAAGGAGGAUGAUUCCAUUCAGCUGGCCACCAUGAAGCUCUGCUAUGCGGCGGCCGCCGGCGACUGCCUCAAGGUGAAGACUCUUCUGAGUCAGAACCUUGACCCCAAUGUUGCCGACUAUGGCGGAAAAACUCCUCUUCACGUUGCCUGUAGCAUCAACACGGCAGGUGCCCAAGAGGUUGUCCGCAUUCUGCUGGAGCACGGAUCAGCAGCCAAUGCCACAGACAGUCUCGGCCAAACCCCUUUGGACAUUUCGUCGCGGGCUGGGAACUUCGCCGUGAAGGCAGUGCUGGAGGAGCAUGGAGCCAAGUUGCAGCGCGAGGAGCUCGAGUCUCGUGCGCGGGAGAGUUUUUGGCUCCUGAAGCCGGAAGAGAUCGUACUCAGGAAGCAAAUCGGCAAAACGCUGAAGAGUGCAGUGCACUUGGCAAACUGGAAGGGCACAAUUGUAGUUGUGAAGUGUGCCAAGAUGCAUCAGUCAAACAUGGUCAAGAACUUGCGCAAGUCACAGAGCAUGGUGCUCGGCGGCGGGGUCGAGAAGGCAUCGCCGAAGCGAGCGGAAGAUGCCGAGCUCGAAGAUGACAUCACGGAGGAGAUGUUGCAUGAGAUUGACCUUUUGGCCUCUCUUCGCCACCCGGAUCUUGUGCUCUUCUUGGGUGCUUGCUUGGAUCCGGGCCAUCCGAUCAUGUUCGUGUCGGAGUUCAUGGGUGGAGGUGACCUGGAGAACUACAUGCUCAAGAUGCGAGAGAAGACUGAGGUCGCUUUCUGGAAGCCUCCCUUGUGGCGUAUGGUCGAAUGGUCUUGCGCCAUUGGCCGUGGCCUGGCUUUUCUGCAUGGUUUUAGAGUUCCCAUCGUGCACCGAGAUCUCAAGCCUCUCAACUUGCUCCUCACGAAGAACUUGGAGCUCAAGAUGACCGAUUUUGGGAUCAGCAAGAUGAUGGCCACAGUUGAUUCCGAGCAGCACAUGAUGACGGGCGGCGUUGGAAGUUACUUGUACAUGGCGCCAGAAGUUGUCAGGUACGAAGAGUACAAUGAGAAGGUCGACAUCUACUCUUAUGGCUUGAUCAUGUACUACAUCAGCGCUGGCCGUCGACCUUUCCAGCACCUCACGCUGGAUCCGGAGGUAAUCCUGCAGCAGUACUGCCAGAAGAAGGAGCCACGUCCUCUCAUUUCUGACUGCCCCAAGGUCUUGCGUGGCAUCAUCGAGCCUUGCUGGGCCGUGGACAAGUCUGACCGACCUUCAGCUGAGGAGGUCACCAACGCGUUGUCCGAAAUGGCACCAGCGCGAGGUGCUUCUUGCGAGUCUUGCUCUACGAUGUAA